CACCCAAUUGGGUGUCCCUUGCAAGGGACACCAAAGGGACACCCAAGGAAUGCCCAAGGGGCACCCAAGGGACACCCAAGGGGCACGGGAGGGAUACCCAAGGGGCACGGGAGGGAUACCCAAGGGCACCAAAGGGACACGUGGAAGGGACACGUGGAAGGGACACCCAAGGGACAUGGAAGAGACACCCAAGGGACACCCAAGGGACACCCAAGGGACACCCGAAAGACAGGGAAGAGACACCGAAGGGACAUGGAAGAGACACCGAAGGGACACCAAAGGACACAUGGAAGGGACACCCAAGGGACUCCCAAGGGACUCCCAAAAGACAGGGAAGAGACACCAAAGGGACAUGUAAGAGACACCAAAGGACACCAAAGGACACCAAAGGACACCCAAGGGACACCCAAGGGACACCCAAAAGACAGGGAAGCGACACCAAAAGGACAUGGAAGAGACACCAAAGGGACAUGGAAGGGACACCCAAUUGGGUGUCCCUUGCAAGGGACACCAAAGGGACACCCAAGGAAUGCCCAAGGGGCACCCAAGGGACACCCAAGGGGCACGGGAGGGAUACCCAAGGGGCACGGGAGGGAUACCCAAGGGCACCAAAGGGACACUACCCUCCUGUACCACCUUGCCACCGGAGAGUAUCCUCCUGUCCUGUACCACCUUGCCACCGGAGGGUACCCUCCUGUACACCUUGCCACUGGAGGGUACCCUCCUGUACCACCCUGCCACCAGAGGAUACCCUCCUGUACCACCCUGCCACUGGAGGGUACCCUCCAGUACCACCCUGCCACCGGAGGGUACCCUCCAGUACCACCCUGCCACCGGAGGGUACCCUCCUGUACCACCUUGCCACCUUCUUGUGGGGGCUUGUAG